CCGACUGCAGCAGACUGUCAUUUGGCAUAUCACAGCGCUUUAUUAGGUAAAGUUACGUAACUUACCAUAUGGCUAGGUAGAUAAUUCGCAACACAACAAAACACCGUUUCUCAUUUACAUUUAGCAGUAAAAGAAACAAAUGCGGCCAUACACGUGAUUCAGAACGAGGUCACUAUGGUCACAGGCUUAUGCCGGUUAAACAGCGCUGGAAAGUGUUGUAGUGACUGUUCAGUGCGUGACAAUGCCAGUGCUGAAUCUGUCAUUCGCCGCCUGUGGGUUCCUGGGGAUUUACCAGCUGGGCGUAGCGGGGGCGUUCCUGAAACAUGGACAGAAGCUUCUCAACUGUGUGGAGGCAUUCGCUGGGGCUUCUGCCGGCGCCCUUGUCGCAGCUGUGCUGGUCACUGCCCCGGACAAAGUGGAGCACUGCAAGGAGUUUACUUACAGAUUUGCCAAUGAGGUCCGUAGGCAGAGCCUUGGAGCAGCAACGCCUGGAUAUGACUUCAUGUCUGCAUUAAGGGAGGGGAUCGAGGAGAUUCUGCCCCUCAAUGCCCAUGAGAUCGCCGGGGAUCGUCUCCACAUAUCCAUAACACACUCCAAAACCAGAAAAAACUGCAUGGUGUCUAGCUUUGCCUCUAGGGAAGACCUCAUUAAGGUUCUUCUUGCCAGCAGUUUUGUACCUUUGUAUGCUGGAAUCAAGGCUGUGGAAUACAAAGGAGAGAGCUGGAUCGACGGUGGGCUGACGGACAGCCUCCCGAUUUUGCCAGUGGGUCGCACCAUCACUGUCUCCCCAUUCAGCGGGACUCAGGACAUCUGCCCUCCUCACGCCGGUGUUGCCAACCUCAACCUCAAGCUCGCCAACAUGGACAUCAUAUUUUCAAGGGACAACAUUGUAAGGCUCAAUCAAGCCUUGUUUCCACCAGCGGAGAGCAGAAUGAAAAUGAUUGGUCGUGAUGGUUAUGACGAUGCAGUAAGGUUUUUGAAAAAAGAAAACUGGUUCCAUUAG